AUGCUAAACACUCGAAAUUUGAGGCUCGUUGUGGCCGUGCUAGCCAUCUUUGGUAUCGUUGCAUUCUUUGUCAGCUCACAGAACUCAGCAGGCAGCUCAGUCGGCCGUGUCAACAAAGAAAUACUUAAAUCCAAUAACAAUGCCGGUGGUGGUAUUCAAAAGGGUACCCUGAAUGAUCAGUCCAAUUUGAUCCAACCCCCUGUCAUCGAAGACGAAGAAGAAAAGGAACAACAACAACAACAACAACAACAACAACUGCCACUGCAACAAAAGACGGAAGGAAAGAAAGAAAAAGGAACAAAUCAACAGGACUUGGAAAAGGAGGAUUCAAAGAAUACGCUACAAGGAACUCCACACUCAGGAACAAAACCACCAUACGAGAAAGACGACAAGCCCAAGAAGAACAUUGCUGAGAAAAUUGGUGGAAAUCCCGGUGAUUCAAUUGCCGACUCCAACGGGAAUAUCAAGGAAACUGAAUCAGAAACUGAAUCAGGAAACGAAUCAGAAAAUAAAGAUGAAAAUGUCAAUGACGUUGAAAAAAUCACCGACCCUAAAAAAGUCAAUAUGAAUAGUGAGUGCAAUGAGGUGAAAUACGUUGUUAUGAUUGAUGCGGGCAGUACUGGUUCAAGAGUCCACGUUUACGAAUUCAACACGUGCACUCAACCCCCAAAACUACUUUCUGAAGAGUUUAUGAUGCUUGAACCUGGCUUGAGCUCAUUCGACACUGAUACAGUUGGCGCAGCUAAAUCCUUAGACCCAUUGUUGGAAAAGGCAUUGGAAAAAGUCCCAAAAGAUAAACAAGGAUGUACACCAGUUGCUGUUAAAGCCACUGCUGGGUUGAGACUACUCGGAGAAGAGAAAUCGAAUGCAAUUUUGGCAGAAGUGAGAAAACAUCUUGAAGAGGAUUAUCCAUUUGCAGUUGUUAAAGGAGAUGGUAUUUCCAUAUUGGACGGCAAGGAUGAAGGUGUUUACGCUUGGGUGACUGCCAAUUAUUUGUUAGGAAACAUUGGAAAUAAAGAUAAGUUGCCAACUGCUGCAGUAUUUGACUUGGGCGGUGGCUCAACCCAAAUUGUGUUUGAACCCGAGUACAAAGAUGACGUUCCAGUUGAAGGUGAGACCAAGUACAAGUUUACAUUUGGUGACCACGAUUUCACCUUGUACCAAUUUAGCCACUUGGGCUUUGGUUUGAUGCAAGGAAGAAACAAAAUCAAUAAAUUGGUUUUGGACAAUUAUAAAAAGAGCAAAGAUGCUAAGGAAUUGACAUUGUAUACAAGCAAAAAGGAAGCCAAGGAGGCAGUUGCCGAAGUCGAUAUUAUAAAUCCAUGUAUCCCACCAAAAUCUAUCGCCAAAAAUGUUGCAGUUGAAGUUGCCGAUGGCGAGAUUUAUGUUGUCAACAUGAAAGGUUCAUCUGAGGCCACUGGAUCACAAUGUAGAUUUUUGGCUGAGCAAAUCUUAAAUAAAGACCAAGCAUGCGAAAGCAAGCCAUGUUCAUUCAAUGGUGUCCAUCAGCCAUCCUUGGUGCGUGCAUUCAACAAAGACUCAGAUAUGUAUGUUUUCUCAUUCUUUUACGAUAGAACAAACCCUAUUGGGAUGCCAUCAAGUUUCACAGUUGAAGAAUUGAGGGACUUGACCAAGUCUGUGUGUCAAGGUGAAUCAUUAUGGAACAAUGUGUUUUUGGGCGAGCAUGUUGACAAUUUGAGCAAGGAACCCCAAUGGUGUUUGGACUUGAGUUUUAUUACUGCCAUGUUGCACACUGGAUAUGAUAUUCCAUUGCAUAGAGAGUUAAGGACAGCCAAGAAGAUUGACAAUAAUGAGUUAGGAUGGUGUUUGGGCGCUUCUUUACCAUUGCUUGAUAGCACUAGUUCCAAUUGGGAAUGUAAAAAACCGAAAAAGACAUCGUUUGAAAAUAUCUAG